AUGCCAAUACGAUGGGUUGUUUUUGAAGAAUAUCACAUAUUACAAUGGUGUGGAAAAAAAGAUAUAAUUACAGAUGCUAGUUUGGAAGCCGUAAGAGAGUUAGUGACAGCAUUAAGAUCGAAUGUGCAGUUAAUAGGACAUGGCUGGGUGUUCAGAGUUGGAGUUGCUGUACAUCAAGGAGUAGUACAAGAAAUUCUGACAGCCAUACAAAAGGGACAAACCAGGACUAUUCGUACAAUGCUUGAAGCUGGUUGGAGACUGGAGUCAGCCCAAGCUUUAUAUCUGUUUUUGUCUAACUUACAGAAACCGCUGGUUCCCGAUUCGAUACAAGCUUUAGUUCUCGAUAAUAAUGAAAAUAUACCAGUUGAAGUUGUUGCUACUGAUGUACUAGGGCUAAUCAAGCAGGAAUUACCUCAGAAACAUCUCCAUUUGAUAACAAUACUAUUAAAUUUAUUGGAUACCGUUAUAAAAUUUUCCCCUGCUGAUGAACUUCGAGGCAAUACUUUACCAAUAUCUAUGCUUCCUUUAUUUUUUAAUAUUCAGACCCGACAUAUGCAGGAAUGGCGUAGGAUAGUUACAAUAUUUGUGGAACUGAUUCGAAAGGCUAGUCAACAAUUGGAAAUUCCUUCGAAUAGAGAAAAUGUUCGUUUGAAUGAAAAUAACUUUUUACUUGAGUUAAAUCAAAUUGUAGAAGAGUCUAUCGAGUUAAGAGAAAAUACAGUGGUACGAAGGUAUCUCAUACCUGUAGGUUAUAGAGGUGACUGUUAAAAUGUGGAAACUUAUCAGAUGCAAAACACAUGAAAAUUAAAACUCAAAUUAUGUAGACUUUAAGAACAAUAAAUAUUAUUUAUCAAUA